CGAUCGUCGCGUACAGCCUGGCGUGCGGCUCCGACAAUUUUUUUAAGUGCUACGCGCGUGUUCUCACGCGGAGUUGGACGGCUGGCUUCGACACGUGCUUGGCAAAUGCAAGUUGAAAGUAGUGCCUUUACUAUAACAUUCGGCCAAUAAGACUGUGUAAAAAUGGGGUGCAGUGCCAGAUACUGUUUACUGACUUUGUCCUUGUGCCUAGUGACUGAGCUAACGUUCGCUGUGAGAGUGAUGCCAAAGCGGAAGAAAGAUUCAAUCGAAGACCCAGAUGACCAGUCAACAUCAGCGUCAUGGUGGCAGGCAGGCACAGCGACGCCCUUCCGUGAUAGCAGUAAUUCUUUCGCCUCAACACAUGGUCUAGUUCAAACGCACCCGAGCAGUGAUGAUACGUUCAGUUCUUUUGGAUCACUUGAUAGCAUCAAUGCUCCAUCCCCUAACCCAUACGUGCAAAGUGGCAGCGGUCCGCUCAGUGGCGACUUCAGAAGUAACAAUCCCCUGCCACCAAUAACAAGGCCAAAAAAUGGCAAACUGGCACUGAAACAUUUGGACUUCACGAGUAGUGCAACUGCUGAACUUAGAAGAAAUCCAUUGCUGUCAGCGCCUGAUGAGUGCGCAAGAGCAUGUAGAGAAGGCGAACCGCCAAGAAUAUGCUACUAUCACUUCACCCUCGAGUUCUACACUGUAUUAGGAGCGGCUUGCCAGUUAUGUACACCCAACGCAACCAACUCAAUCUGGUCACACUGCCAGUGCGUCUUAGCCGACGGAGUGGAGCGUGGCAUCCUCACGGUAAACAGAAUGUUGCCAGGUCCGUCUAUCCAAGUAUGCGAAAACGACCAAGUUGUCAUCGAUGUCGAGAAUCACUUGGAAGGUAUGGAGGUAACCAUUCACUGGCAUGGAAUCUGGCAGCGAGGUACCCAAUACUAUGACGGAGUGCCGUUUGUCACUCAAUGUCCUAUCCAGCAAGGAAAUACGUUCAGAUACCAAUGGAAAGGAAACGCAGGUACCCACUUCUGGCACGCACACACUGGUCUACAGAAACUGGACGGUAUAUAUGGAAGCAUCAUCGUUCGGCAACCUCCAUCCAAAGAUCCCAACAGCCAUAUGUACGAUUAUGAUUUGACUACACACGUUAUGUUAAUCAGUGAUUGGCUUCACGAAGACGCAACUGAAAGGUUUCCUGGUCGUCUAGCUGUUAAUACUGGGCAAGAUCCAGAAAAUGUAUUGGUUAACGGAAAAGGGCAGUUCAGAGACCCUAACACUGGAUUUAUGACAAACACCCCUCUUGAAGUGUUUACCAUUACGCCUGGUAGAAGAUAUAGGUUUAGAAUGAUAAACGCAUUUGCUUCAGUUUGCCCCGCCCAAGUGACAGUUCAAGGUCAUAAUCUAACAGUAAUUGCCGCCGAUGGUGAGCCGGUUCAACCUGUUUUAGUUAAUACACUGAUCUCAUUCUCCGGUGAACGCUACGAUUUUGUCGUAGAAGCAAACAGUAUACCGGGCGCGUACUGGAUUCAAGUUCGUGGCCUCGGAGAAUGUGGUAUAAAGCGCGCACAACAAUUGGCUAUUCUUCGAUAUGCUAGAGGACCUUAUCAGCCAUCUUCCCAACCCCCAAGCUAUGACGUAGGACUCCCGCAGGGAGUGGUAUUGAAUCCUUUGGAUGCAAGAUGUAAUGUACCCAGAAACGAUGCUAUUUGCGUCAGCCAACUGAAAAACGCAAGAAACAUCAAUCCAGCCAUCCUACGAAAGAAACCCGACGUGAAAAUCUUCAUGCCAUUCCGCUUCUACCCCUACACACCAGAAGACUUAUUCCAGCCCAAUACUUACAACAAAUUUUUGGUGGCGGGACAAGGAGCUCACGUAAUUAGUUUAAUAGAUGAAAUUUCACAUAUGGCUCCGCCAGCACCACCUCUCAGUCAAUAUGACGACAUCGACCCAGAACAGUUCUGUAACGGUGACAACAGACCACCAAACUGUGGACAAAACUGCAUGUGUACACACAAAGUAGACAUACCUCUGAACGCUGUAGUAGAAGUUGUACUUGUAGAUGAAGUUCAAAUCACCAACUUAUCUCACCCGUUCCACUUGCACGGAUAUUCGUACAAUGUAAUCGGUAUCGGUCGGUCUCCCGACCAGAAUGUAAAGAAGAUUAACUUGAAACACGCCCUCGAUCUAGACAGGAGAGGAUUACUGGAGCGUCACCUGCAGCAAGGAGAUCUUCCACCGGCGAAAGACACGAUAGCUGUGCCAAACAAUGGAUACGUCGUUCUCCGUUUCGUUGCUGACAAUCCAGGAUUCUGGCUCUUCCACUGUCACUUCUUGUUCCACAUCGUGAUCGGAAUGCAAUUUAUCGUUCAAGUGGGAACACACGCGGAUCUUCCUCCUGUCCCUCCCAACUUCCCGACUUGUGGAGACCACCUUCCUCCUAUUCGAACCGCCCUCCCUCCUAUCCACCCUCCUCCUAUGCACUAAGCGGUUCCUACGCCCUACUUCAGUUUUCAUAUGAGCAACAAUUGGUAUAGCAGUUUGAUGUUACCUAAGUGUUAUUUUGUGUUUGUUUUGUGUGAUGUGAUCGGUAGAUUCGAAGUGCUCGAAUCUGCUUUAUGUGUUUCAUUUUUAUUCGAGAAUGUUUAACUGAAGUUCAUGCUGGUUUGUGAAUUUAUUUAAAAGUGAUAUUUUGAGUGAAUUUCAGUAAAAUCUUAUGCCAUAUUUCGGUGAUACCCAUUGGUGUCAACCCGAAUAUUGCAUAGUUGAGGCUCCUAAUUGUACGACAUCAUUAAAUGUAUUUUUUAUAUUUUACUACGAACGUUUGUUCUGUAACUAACGACUUGCCAUUUAAUUUUUCACCAAGGAUAUUUAUUGAGUGUAUAUAUAUUUAAAUAUUACUUAACAGGCGCUUCAAAAAUAAGCCACCCCCAAAUUCCAUGUUGAUUUUUCAUAGCUUCACUUGCAUUUUCGUAAGCAUCAUCAUUGUCCUAGACCGCUAAAAAUGUUUUUCUUCUAAGAUUAUUGUAAUAAGGUAAUUUAAAGAGUUUAAUAUCAAGAAUAGCGCCGAUUGUGUUAUCUUUGUAGCCAAAAAUAAAAAGAAACAAAUACAGAUACUCGUUUAGUUUAGAAACUAAGUUUAGAGUACCUGCAUCUCUUUCUUUUCAACAUUGCUAAAAAGGAUGGAAUAUGAAUUAUACGUUGAAGACUAAAUUUUAGUGCAUGCUACACAAUGGCUCGCGUCUGGCAGCUAAAGUUACGAGGUUUGACAGCUGUAAAUUAAAUUUCAAACUGUCAAACUGUACCUGGCCUUUUCAUAUUAAGUACAUGGUAAGAAGGGAAUGCGAAUACUCUAAAAUUUUGUUGGGCUCAGAAUUAGUACCGUCAAAAAAGUCUAAUUUUGCCUCGCGUCCUAUGUUUGUUUAUAAUGAAAAAAGUUAAUAUCUUUUUCAAUUUACUAGUCUAGCAAUCGAAACAUUUGCCAGUUUUUAGAAUAAUUAUUUAUCGGACAGCGGCAAAAUAGUGUCGUUAUGGAGGUAACAUGCAUAAUUUUUGUCUAUCGUGCGGCAAACGAAAGUGCGAGAAGGCGGUUGUGAGUUGUGGAGAAACUUUCCAUAUAAGUUAAAAUAUGUAUAUUUCUAUCGUUGAUAGUUUGAUCAUUUGCACGUUAUUAUACACGUAUGUUUAUUAAGAAAUGUUGGAGUAGGCUGACUUUAGCAACUUUUCUAAACAAGUGUACAUAACAUUGCCUAGGCUAGGGUUGACACAUUUGUUAUUUAUCUCAUUACAUACAUCUGUUACAUAUCUCAAUUGUUACCUACCUACUAAAUACUAAAUGUUUUAAUUUUCGUAAGACUAAUUGUUAUUCUAAUAAAUACUACUUGCAAUGACAAAUUAAGCGUUAAACCAUACGCGUUUUUAAAAUAUAAAUUACCUGCUCGAAUAAUAAAUAACUAUUUUUUUAACUAUUUUUUUUUUUUCAGUCUUAUAUUACUAAUUGGACAACCCUUACCAUUCUAUGUCAAUGUAUAGAGAUUGUACAAAAUUGUGUCUAAACAUUGUCUUAAUAAAUUUACCUUCUGAUUCUCCCUAACGCCAGUGGAAAUUAGGGAUGUAUUCUCUAGAGAUUCAGUUAGAUUUUAGCUUGUGCCAGAAUAAAAUCAAAUUAUUUAUUUCGGAGUAAAUGCAUCAGGCAAUGUUAGGAAUAUGGGAAAUAUCAUUGGCUAAUUCCUAAAAUACCUCAAAAUUUUCAUUUCAUACCCAAAUUGUCUAAGUAAAAAUUAUAAAAAUUUUGGAGCUUUUUAUGACAAAAUGAUAACGUGCAAAUCAUGCAAAUUUUAAUGUUUCUAUUUUAAAAUAAAGCCCAAUGAUAUCAAAAUCCGUGAAAAGUUAGGAUAUUCAACGGUACCAAUGUACUUGAGUAGGUAUUUGCGGGGUGGCUUGCUUUUAUUUGUGACAAUUUAUAUAAAUGUGUUUAAAAACUUAAGUUAUUUUCCCGUUACUAACCUGAAAUUGCAUGUACCACAACAAUUAGAAAAUGUAUAUACUUAGUAAAAACUGCAAUACAUGUAAAUACACGUACCUAAACCUGUAGUUACCACUAUAAAUCAUUGCACAGCACCCAAACAACGAAGACUGUUUAUAACCAUAUUAAUAUAAUAUGAAUAGUUACCAAAAUGUUAUCAUACGCAGUUACCAUUAUUUAAUUUAAGAAAAUAAAAUUUUGAUUAAAAUCUACUUAUUAUAACAUUACUUAUACCUACAUAAUGUAUCAUGCGAUGGACUUAAAAGUACUGGUAAAACCAGUUUUUAACAAAUAUAAUAUUGUACUGGCUAUUUAAAUAAAAAUUUAUUUCAGUAAUAAACUACAUGCAGUUCAUUGAUAUAAUUUACGUUUUUAAGAAAAUUGUACGUUUUGUGACACGUCAUAAUAAAAUUUAUAAAAAUA